AGCUUCAGCCAGUCUUUUCCCUCCAUUGUACAGGCUUCGCAUCUUUUAUAAUUUAUUUUAUCUUCAUUUUUUUUUUAAAAAAAAAGUGCUCCUUUUUAUUUGCUUUAAACGCAAUGAUGCUGUCUACGCGCUCACCUCUUAAAAACAAGAAUGAAAACGUUUCUGCUAAGUUUGGGAGCAUGUCUCUGGGAGAUAAAGAAAACACACCACCGAGUUUGAACUCCACACGAAUUUUAGCUUCCAAAACCGCGCGUAAAAUCUUCGAGGACCCUGAGGAGAAGCUAAAAACCAAAACAGAGGAAGAGCCUCUCCUGAAGGAAAAUCCACGUCGCUUUGUCAUCUUCCCUAUUCAGUACCAUGACAUAUGGCAGAUGUACAAGAAGGCUGAGGCCUCUUUCUGGACAGCUGAAGAGGUUGACCUCUCCAAAGACCUUCAGCACUGGGAUUCCCUAAAGGAUGAGGAGCGAUAUUUCAUUUCUCAUGUGUUGGCGUUCUUUGCGGCAAGCGAUGGCAUUGUCAAUGAGAAUCUGGUGGAGCGCUUCACCCAAGAGGUCCAAGUGACUGAGGCACGUUGUUUUUAUGGGUUCCAAAUUGCCAUGGAGAACAUUCACUCUGAGAUGUAUAGCCUGCUUAUUAACACGUAUAUUAAGGCUCCUGCAGAGAGGGAGUAUCUUUUCAAUGCCAUUGAGACUCUUCCAUGUGUGAAGAAGAAGGCUGACUGGGCCUUAAAUUGGAUUGGCAACAAAGAUGCCCAGUAUGGUGAGCGAGUGGUGGCUUUUGCUGCUGUAGAGGGAAUCUUCUUCUCUGGUUCUUUUGCUGCAAUUUUCUGGCUAAAGAAGAGGGGCCUUAUGCCAGGGCUCACCUUUUCCAAUGAACUCAUCAGCCGAGAUGAGGGUCUUCACUGUGACUUUGCCUGCUUAAUGUUCAAGCAUUUGGUGAACAAGCCAUCAGAAGCAACGGUCAAGAAAAUCAUUGUGAAUGCAGUUCAGAUUGAGCAGGAAUUCCUGACCCAGGCACUACCAGUUAAACUGAUUGGCAUGAACUGUGACUUGAUGAAACAGUACAUUGAAUUUGUGGCAGACAGACUGAUGUUGGAGCUGGGCUUCAACAAGAUCUAUAGAGUAGAGAACCCGUUUGACUUCAUGGAGAACAUUUCUUUGGAGGGAAAGACAAACUUCUUUGAGAAGAGGGUAGGAGAGUACCAGCGUAUGGGUGUUAUGUCUGGGCCCACAGACAACACCUUCCGGCUUGAUGCGGACUUCUAGCCUGUGAGGAAAUGGACACUUAAACAUUAACACUUGAAGAGGUGCUGGUCCCUUGACAGCCUCCAUAUUUUGAAUUCACAUUGUAUAUGAAUUUUAAAUAAGUUUUUUUUUCUUUUCUUUUUUUAAAAACGUUGGUUGUAUUGUUUUGGUGUUGCAGUUGGGAUUUUUUUUUUUUUUUUAUUAUUUAUAGCUUGCACAAAUGCCAUGUUUUACUGCUUCUCCUUUCCCUUAACCCAGCCCUCUUGUCUUAUCCAACUGUUUCUUCUGAAUUCUGUAGUUAAUGUAAAUAAAAUUAUGAUGUAAAAGUAA